AUGAUUCCAAUUCUCCUACUGACAUUCUGCUUGGGAAUAGCCACAGCUGCUCCCACAUUUGAUCACAAUUUGGAUGCUCAAUGGCGCCAGUGGAAGAUAAAAUAUGGAAAAAUAUACAGACCGUAUGUGGAAACAUAUAAAAGAGAAGUAUGGGAGAAGAAUAUGAAAAUAAUUGAGCAGCACAACAAGGAAUAUAGAGAGGGAAAGCACAGCUACACUUUGGGGAUGAAUGCCUUUGGUGACAUGACUCUUCAAGAAUACAAUAAAGUGCUAACUGGCUUUCAAAGCCAGAAGCUCGAGAAUGGCAAAGUGUUCCAAAAAACUGUGUUUGGUGACGUACCUAAAUUCUUGGACUGGAGUACAAAAGGCUAUGUGAAUCCUGUGAGGGAUCAGGGUCCUUGUGGCUCUUGUUGGGCUUUUAGCGCAAGUGGUGCCUUAGAAGGACAACUUUUCCGGAAAACUGGCAAACUGAUCUCGCUGAGUGUACAGAACCUAGUGGACUGCUCUCGACCUCAAGGCAACUUAGGGUGCCAAGGUGGCCUGAUGCCUCAUGCCUUCCAGUAUAUAAAGGACAAUGGUGGCCUAGACACAGAGAAAUCCUAUCCCUAUGAAGCACGGGAGGGACCCUGCAGGUACAGACCUGAGAACUCCGCUAUUAAUGUAACAGGCUUUGUGCAAAUCCCAGUGGAUGAAAAGGUGCUUAUGAAUGCUGUGGCAACCGUGGGACCCAUCUCUGUAGGUGUUGAUGCUAACCAUGUGAAGUUUCAGUUCUAUAAGAGUGGCAUCUAUUAUAACCCAGACUGUAGCAGUAUUAAACUGGAUCAUGCUGUCCUGGCAGUUGGCUAUGGCUUUGAAGGAAAAGAAUCACAUGGCAGUAAAUACUGGUUCAUCAAGAACAGCUGGGGUACAUCAUGGGGCAUGAAUGGCUACAUGAAGUUAGCCAAAGACAGGAAUAACCACUGUGGAAUUGCCAGAGAUGCCAGCUACCCCAUUCUGUGA